GCCCUCUUCGUGUCGAUCCUCGUCCUCGUCGGGCUGCCGCCGAAGGACGAGGACGGCACCUUCAACCAGUCGUAUUUCCUGUCCAGCUUCGCCGUGUUCCGCGUGGUGUUGUCUGUGCUGCUGUGCCUGUGGGGCAUGGGCGCCGUGGCGCAGUUGUGCCGCGACAACCACAUCAACCACAUGUUCAUCUUGCAGGCAGACGCGCGGGGCACGUGGAACGCGACGAUGGGCUUGUGA